AUGUGAACCGGCAACAUUGCUCGUUCGUGGGCCCCAGAUAACAAACCUAGUGAUUAAGUAUCUUUAUUAAACAUAAUGGCGGAUCGCAAAGGAGACCGCAAAUCCCUUACAGAAAGAGACUGAGUGACACACAUCCUGAAAGAAGAAGGGGGGUAUGAGCGACAUAUGGAAAGAUGGGUAUUGAGUGAUUGGAUGUGAUAGUGUGAAGCGCCAACCAUGGAGAAGGUUGAAGUGCGAUGGAGAUCCUCCCGUUCUGUGGCUCUAUUGGUGCAAGUUACGCGCCCAUCUGCACAUCCGAUCACACUCCAAUUACUGGACCACUGGCUUGCCAGACCUCGAUUUCUGGCGUUAGUUUUGAUUUUCGGGGUCUUAGCACAAAUAGGAUUGAAGUGCUUCGUAUAUCUUCAGGAUUGGUGUGGUGAUUGGAACGUUCUCUAUAUUACCACAUCCGUUCUUACACCCUACAUAUCCAUAUACCUAGUAGUAUCACUUGCACACUUAGGGCAAAUUUAAGGACCGUACUGCUCACUGUGAUUGGCUAGAUCCUGUCCCCUACCUACUGUGUACUACAUCAUUUAUUUCUG